UCUAUACCUAUGUACCAGACAUGGCUGGGUACCUCGUCAAAGCAGACUCAGAGGGCCAGCCAGGUCCAGAUACAUAUAAUCGUACACUCUCACAAGGGGCGAAUCUUUUCGCCCGUGCCCUGCAACCUCAUGGGGGUGUGCUUAUGUACCGCGCCUUCGUCUACAACGACAACUUGAACGAAUCGGACUGGAAGGCUGAUCGUGCGAAGGCAGCAGUGGAAUACUUCAAGGACCUGGACGGUCAGUUCGACGAGAACGUCGUGGUACAGAUAAAGUACGGCCCAAUCGACUUUCAAGUACGCGAGCCUACCUCACCCCUUUUCGCCAACCUCUACCAAACCAACACAGCCAUAGAGUUGGAGGUUAGUCAGGAGUACCUGGGGCAGCAAUGUCAUUUGGUGUACCUACCUCCGCUCUGGAAGACGGUCCUGGAUUUCGACUUACGCGUAGAUCACAAGCCUUCGAUAGUCCGUGAUAUCAUAUCCGGACAGCGCUUCAACAGAACGCUCGGGGGCUGGGCAGCUGUCGUUAAUGUGGGCACUAACAGAACAUGGCUGGGUAGCCACCUUGCUAUGUCCAAUCUGUACGCUUAUGGUCGUUUGGCCUGGAGUCCGACAGACGAUUCUGAACAGAUCCUCAAAGACUGGACUCGCCUCACUUUUGGACAUAAUCACCAUGUCAUCGACACUAUUGCUGAUAUGUCCAUGACCUCCUGGCCUGCCUAUGAAAACUAUACAGGAAACCUGGGCAUACAGACCCUGACAGAUAUUUUGUAUACUCACUACGGCCCAAACCCGGCUACACAGGAUAACAAUGGCUGGGGUCAAUGGACACGUGCUGAUCACAAUUCAGUUGGAAUGGACCGAACAAUAUCGAAUGGCACUGGGUAUACCGGCCAAUAUCCGGAGGAGGUUGCUCGUUUAUACGAGUCACUAGAAACUACGCCAGAUGAUCUCGUCUUGUGGUUUCACCAUGUACCAUGGACUCAUCGUUUGCAUUCCGGGUUGACAGUUAUUCAGCAUUUCUACAACGCUCACUAUGCUGGCUCAGAAGCUGCACACGGAUUUAUAAGACAAUGGGAGUCUUUAAAAGGGUUAAUUGAUCGGGAGCGAUACGAGGCCAUGCGGUCACGCCUUGUCUACCAGGCGGGACACUCCAUUGUCUGGCGCGAUGCUAUCAACAACUUCUACUACAACAUGACCGGAAUUCCAGAUGUGGCUGGCCGUGUGGGUCAUCAUCCGUGGCGCAUUGAAGCUGAGAGUAUGAGAUUGGACGGAUACCAGACGUACACUGUCAGUCCGUUCGAGGCCGCUUCUAACACUACGGCAAUUAUUACCACUUCUAAUUCAACGACUGGGACAGCAAAAACUACCAUCAAAGCCCCUUCGGGAGUAUAUGAUAUACGGGUGAACUACUACGAUCUCUAUGGCGGUCAAUCCAAGUGGACAUUAUCUGUGGGUGACAAGGUAGUGGGUCAAUGGCUUGGGGAUAUGGAGCAUCAAUCCCUAGGCCAUACACCAUCUAUAUACUUGGACGGCCACUCGGCCACCCGGAUAACGUUUCAUGGGGUCUUCGUCCGGCAGGGUGAUCAGCUGAAAAUUGUUGGUGAGGCGAAUGGGAUCGAGCCUGCUCCAGUGGAUUAUGUAGUUCUGCUACCGCCAGGGGUGGUUGACUGAUAUCUACAAGGUCUUAUGCGCUAUGUAAUUGCCGAAUGUAUAUACGGAUGAAACUUUUAGUGACGUUC